CACAACUCCAGUCUGAAAGACGAAGACUAGAAGCCGCGUCUCGUAAAUAAUUUUACGGUUUAGCUUUCCCAGAUACAGUCCUACUCUGCUAGCCACACUGACAUGGCAUCUGUCCACUGAACUACUCCGUCUUCAGCCACUGCAUGCACCAAGCAUUGGUGUUGAACUUCCCAGCGGAUGAGACUGAACCACCGUCACCAUGGAAACAGACACAGAAGUUAUUCCUAUCUGGCAGAAUAAGCCUCAUGGAUCCACCCGUAGCGUUGUGAGAAGAAUAGGUUCCACUCUUCCACUCAGACCUCCACAAAGGGCAUGUUUCCAGGAACUACCGGGCCUUCCCCGUCUUCGGCCUAUGGAUGGCCCUAUGGUUCCUACCUUGGCAGACAUAGCCUGGAUUGUUGCAGAUGAAGAAGAGACCUAUGCCAGAGUGCGGAGUGACACUCGUCCUCUGAAACACGAAUGGCGGCCCACGCCUCUCCUGGUGCUCCACAGGAACUCAUCUGUACCCAACUUCCGCCGUGAGGGCAAAAGGGUGGAAGGGCUAAGGAAGCCUGGGGUGACGGCGAUGAACCGUACUACCGCCCUGCAGGAUGAGCUCAGCAGACUCCGUGCACAGAUAGCCAAGAUUGUGGCAAGUGAUUCUGGCUCAAACCCCCUGACCCCUGACCUGCUCUCCCCUGACGACACAAGUAUGAGCUUCUCCAUGGCACCGUUCGAGACGGCACCCUACCAGCCGGCUGCCACGGCUGUCGCUUCCUUUGUCAUCAGUGAUGUCACGGAGGAGGAGGAAGAAGAGGAGGAGGAGGAGGAAGAAGAAGAGGAGGAAGAUGUGGUCUCUGUGGUGUCAGAGCUUGUCCCUGACCCUCUGCCGCCUGUUUCCAUGACGGCAUCAGCGACCUUUGACCUGGACAGACCCAGCAUGGACUUCCGUGAGGCAGAGGAGGAUACGGUGUCGCUAUCAAAGUCCACCAGCUUUGCUGAUGUUAUGGACAUCCUAAAGGACAUGAACCGCAUGAAGAUGAGCAAGGACAGGUACAAUAGAGGCUGUACAUCCCUCAGAGAGGAGGACUCAGCCUCUCUGAUUUCAGAAGCUCUGAGGAAAAAGUUUGUCUUGAAGGAAGAAGAUACGGACGCUGUGAAACGGAAGUAGCCUGAUCACGUGUUUAUCAUCAAUACCCGAUCCUGCGGCCCCAUGUAAGUCAGGACAGGAUUGUGAUUGGGAUUUUUUUUUUUAUAUAUAUAUUUUGUAUAAUGAGCCCUUGAAGGAAUGCGGUAGGUUAUCAUUGGCAAUGUUCUCAGUUUUAGGUCUCUUGUGGGUUGUUAGCAGUUGUUGUUUUUCUCCCUCAUAAUUUUUAGGCCUUUGCCUGUGAAAUCUGUACCCAUCGAUCAACAACCUUGCUCCUCAGACCCAAGGCAUUAGCUGUCUGCCAGAGCUAGAACAAAAAAAUCACUUUGUCCCAGACAUUCAAAACCAUAUGUGAACCUCACAGCACUGUUGCUGUGUGAGGGGGAACAGGCAAUUCUUGAUAACAAUAAUCAGUUCCAGCAAUGCAUUGCAUAUUGCAUCCAGUUUAUUUCUCUAUUAAAAAAAAAAAAAA